ACCUUAUCUUAUCAUUGAGAGAAUUGGAGCUGUGGCUUAUCGUCUAGAACUACCAGCAGAACUAGAAGCAUUUCACGAUGUGUUUCAUGUCUCUGUAUUACGGAAAGUGGUUGCAGAAAAGGAGUUGAUCAUACCACAGCCACCUAAAGACUUGGAGCUAGAUUUGUCAGUUAAGGGAAGACCUGUGUCAAUCCUAAGCCGUAGAGAUGGUGGCUCAAUGGGAAAGAAAGCUCGAACAGUUCAAAUAUGUUGGGAAAGAGAUGGUAUUCAGGAGGUAACAUGGGAGACUGAACAACACAUGAGACAAGAUUAUCCUGAACUCUUUACUGAGGAUAGUGGAGUUUUGAAUUCAGGGACGAAUUCUCUAGAAGUGGGGGAGAAUUAGAAAUCUCAGUUUUCCAGUUUUGCUUCCAGUUUCUGCUUGAGGUUUUGGGGGAAGGAUUCCGGUCGAACCCGAACGAUUCAGACCAGAUUGGUGGUAGAUCCAGAUAGAGGGAGUGUCAGAGAAGGCAAGGGAGUCGAAGUUGGUACCAUAGGAGGUUCAGUUUUCCUACAACAGUCUCAAUCCGUUUUCAGCCAAAUUCAGAGAGGAAGAAUCGAGCUAUGGGCCAUGGUCUUCCCUCGAAACUGGACUGUGAUGGGCCGACGGGUUACAUGCAGGUCACGAACGGCUGACGAGCCCGGUAUGGGAGUGUAUGAGCUACGGCUGCCUCCAAGCAUGAGAAUGCCACCAAAGAAGACAACGCGUGUAGCAAAUGCAAAUGUAAAUGCACGAGCUGCUGGGCAAGGACAACCACAAGGUGGAGCAGAACCUGCAAUAACACGUGCAGAGGUGCAAGAGCUUCGGGAUAUGAUGAGAGAGAUUUUGCAGAGACAAGCAGCACCAGCAGUAGGCCAACCAAAUGCUGCACCACAUGGCCAUCACCUACCACCAGCUGCACCACAUGUUCAACAUCCACCACCACCUCCAGCAGGGGCACCAGCACCAGGAAUUGGUCUCACAUACUGGGAGACACUGAGACUCAUGACAGAUUUGGGUACAGAGAUUUUCAAUGGUGGGAAUAACCCAGUGGAGGCUGAUGAUUGGAGGAAGCUGUUAGAGAGGAAUUUUGAGUCAACCAGGUGUCCAGUUGAAUUCAAGAAAGGGCUUGCAGUUCAUUUCUUGCGUGGAGAGGCACACAUUUGGUGGGAGGGUGUGAUGCGGAGCAUGCCUGCUGGAUAUGAGAUACCUUGGGAGACUUUCAGAGAUGAGUUCAACAGGAAGUACUUUCCACAAGAAGCAAUGGAUACUAUGGAGUGUUCAUACUUGGAGCUUCGCCAGGGGUCCAUGACUGUUAGGGAUUAUGAGAGGGAGUUCAACCGCCUUAGUAGGUUUGCAGGGAGAGAGCCUGGAGAACAGAAGUUGAUUCGUAGAUUCAUGAGAGGGUUGAGGCCAGACAUCCGCAACCAUUGUUCAGUUCGAGACUAUGGUAGUAUGAUUGAGUUGGUUGAGAAGGCGGCCAUGAUGGAGACUGGGCUUGAGGAGGAAGUUAAACACCUCAAGAGCACUCAGGCAAAGGCGACAAAGGUUGUGGAGUCUCAGAAGCGUACUUGGGAUAACCGUGAUGCAAGACAAGGCCAGAACCGUUUUGCAGAGUGUGCUACUUGUGGUAAGAGACAUGGUGGAGUUUGUUGGGCCAAAACCAACAAUUGUUAUCAGUGUGGACAGCCAGGACAUACCCAACAGAACUGUCCAAGAGGAGUCAAUAACUGUAGAAGGUGUGGUCAGAGAGGUCAUUUUGCGCGAGAGUGCACAGCGCAGCUGCCUGUAGGACAACAAGGGAACCAGAACAGAGGGAUCCUGCCACCACCUCCCAAGAGACAGGCUGUUGGACCUCGAGUGUUUGCAGCAGCAGAUCAGAUUGGUGCAGAACCGAUUGUGGGGUCUGUCCUUGUUGGAGGAAUUACAGCCUACACAUUAUUCGACACAGGAGCGACACAUUGUUUUGUCAGUCCUGAGGUGGCUAGAUGCUGGGAUUCGAGAAUUGGGUUUGAAGAUAGGCAGAGAAGGAUCGACACUGCUGGCACAGAAGUAAUUGGGUCCUCAAGAACAUAUCGAGAUGUUCCAGUAGUGAUAGAAAAAGAGGGGCUGCUUGGAGAUUUCAUCGAGCUGGAGCUGAAACAUUAUGAAGUAAUUAUAGGCAUGGAUUGGUUGACGCAACAUAAGGCUAUAUUGGAUUGUACUAGGAGGCGUGUUGAUUUCACUCAAGCAGAAAGGAAUUUGGUGUUCCAGGGAGUUAGAGCUUUGGGCAGAAUUCCUGUUAUUUCGAUGGCUCAUGUAGAAGAAAUGAAGUGGAAAGGACCAGAAGUUUAUUUGGCAACCAUUUCUAUUGAGGGAGGACCUAUGGGGAUAGAUUUGGAAGAAAUUUCUGUAGCAGCAGAAUAUGCAGAUGUUUUUGAACCACUCACAGGACCACCACCAGAAAGAGGAGAUGCAUUUACUAUUGAGUUGGAGCCAGGGACUGCUUCAGUAUCCAGAGCACCUUAUCGUUUAGCCCCAUCAGAAAUGGCUGAGCUAAAGAAACAACUGGAGGAUCUUACAGAUAAAGGGUUUGUGAGGCCAAGUAGUUCACCAUGGGGAGCUCCUGUUUUGUUUGUGAAGAAGAAAGAUGGUAGUUUCAGACUCUGCAUAGAUUAUCGAGGGCUCAAUAAGGUUACUAUCAAGAAUAAGUAUCCUUUGCCUAGGAUUGAUGAGUUGCUAGAUCAGUUACAAGGAGCAUCGUGGUUCUCAAAGAUAGAUUUGGCAUCAGGGUAUCAUCAGAUUGCUAUAGCUGAAGGUGAUGUGAGGAAAACAACAUUCAGAACACGUUAUGGACAUUAUGAGUUUGUAGUGAUGCCAUUUGGAUUGACUAAUGCACCAGCAGCCUUUAUGAAGUUGAUGAAUAAUGUGUUUAGAGAAUAUCUAGACAAAUUCGUCAUAGUGUUCAUUGAUGAUAUCUUAAUCUACUCAAGGAGUAAGGAAGAGCAUGCUGAGCAUUUGAGGAUAGUGUUACAGACAUUGAGGGAUCAAAAACUUUUUGCAAAGUUAUCCAAAUGCAGUUUUUGGCAGAAGAAGAUUGGGUUUUUGGGUCACAUUGUUUCAGAAGCAGGAGUUGCAGUAGAUCCAGAGAAGAUAACAACUAUCACUCAAUGGCCUAGACCGAAGAAUGCUUCUGAAAUUCGUAGUUUUCUUGGCCUAGCUGGAUACUACAGAAAGUUUGUAAAAGGAUUUGCAAGUCUAGCGAAGCCUUUGACACAACUUACCUGUAAGGAGGCAAAGUUUGUUUGGUCAGAAGAGUGUGAAAAGAGUUUUGAGGAACUGAAGAAGCACUUGACUCAGGCACCUAUAUUGGUAUUACCUAAGGCUGGGGUAUUAUAUGUGGUCUAUACAGAUGCAUCAGGAACUGGUCUAGGAUGUGUACUUAUGCAAGAAGAAAAAGUCAUUGCCUAUGCAUCUAGACAAUUGCGUAAGCAUGAGGUUAAUUAUCCAACUCAUGACCUGGAGUUAGCAUCUGUGGUCUUUGCUUUAAAGGUUUGGAGAGCCUACUUAUAUGGAGAGAAAGUACAAGUGUUUACAGAUCAUAAGAGUUUAAAGUAUGUCUUCACUCAGUCAGAUCUCAACUUGAGGCAGCGAAGAUGGAUGGAGCUGUUAGCAGAUUAUGAUAUGGAUAUUGCUUAUUAUCCAAGAAAAGCUAAUCAGGUAGCAGAUGCACUAAGUAGGAGAAGGAAUGAUGUGUCCAGAAUAAAAGAAGUAGAAGAGCUCGUUUCAACAUUGGCAAGUUUGAGUAUUUGUUCUGCAUCUGUAGAGGAAGGAGUUAUGGGAUUAGAAGCAGUAAACCAAGCAUAUUUACUUUGGAGAAUUCGUGAAGCUCAGAAUGGAGACACUGGUUUACAGAACACAGUGAAGAGUGAAGUAGCAGGCUAUCACACUACGAAAAAUGGGACACUUGUUUUCAGAGGUAGAGUGUGUGUUCCAGAUGAUAAAGGUCUGAAGGGAGAGAUUUUGAAGCAAGCACAUCAGUCACGUUUUUCCAUUCACCCUGGUUCUACAAAAAUGUAUCGGGAUCUGAAAAGGUAUUAUCACUGGAAUGGAAUGAAACGAGAUGUUGGAGAAUGGGUAGCAAAGUGCACGACAUGCCAGCUAGUGAAAGCAGAACAUAGAGUUCCAAGUGGGUUACUACAAAGUUUGCCACUGCCAGAAUGGAAAUGGGAUAUGGUAACAAUGGAUUUUGUCACUGGACUUCCAAGAACUCUGAGUAAGAAAGAUGCGAUUUGGGUGAUUGUGGAUAGACUUACUAAGUCAGCUCAUUUUCUAGCAGUUAAAAAGACAGAUGGUGCAGAUCGCCUAGCUCAGAUGUACAUGGAUGAGAUUGUAAGGUUACAUGGAGUUCCUGCAAGCAUUAUUUCAGAUAGAGAUUCAAAGUUCACUUCAUUGUUCUGGAAGGCUUUCCAGAAGGCUAUGGGAACUAAGGUUAAUUUGAGCACAGCAUAUCAUCCUCAGACAGAUGGACAAUCUGAGCGUACUAUACAGACACUGGAGGAUAUGUUGAGGGCGUGCAUGUUGGAUUGGGGAGGACGUUGGGAGAGACAUUUACCUUUAGCAGAGUUUGCUUACAAUAACAGCUAUCAUGCAAGCCUAGGUAUGUCACCGUUCGAGGCUCUUUAUGGACGACCUUGUCGCACACCUCUUUGUUGGACAGAAGUGGGGGAGCGCCAGGACACAGAACCUGCAAUAAUUCAAGAGACAACUGAACAAGUAGAGAUCCUCAAGGGAAAAUUAAGAGAAGCUCAUGAUCGUCAAAAAAGUUAUGCAGAUAAAAGGAGAAAGGAUUUAGAGUUUGCAGUUGGAGACUUGGUGUAUCUGAAAAUGAGAAUGUUCAAGGGCCUGAACAAGUGGGCUAAGAGAGGAAAACUUAAGCCAAGAUACAUGGAACCUUAUCUUAUCAUUGAGAGAAUUGGAGCUGUGGCUUAUCGUCUAGAACUACCAGCAGAACUAGAAGCAUUUCACGAUGUGUUUCAUGUCUCUGUAUUACGGAAAGUGGUUGCAGAAAAGGAGUUGAUCAUACCACAGCCACCUAAAGACUUGGAGCUAGAUUUGUCAGUUAAGGGAAGACCUGUGUCAAUCCUAAGCCGUAGAGAUGGUGGCUCAAUGGGAAAGAAAGCUCGAACAGUUCAAAUAUGUUGGGAAAGAGAUGGUAUUCAGGAGGUAACAUGGGAGACUGAACAACACAUGAGACAAGAUUAUCCUGAACUCUUUACUGAGGAUAGUGGAGUUUUGAAUUCAGGGACGAAUUCUCUAGAAGUGGGGGAGAAUUAGAAAUCUCAGUUUUCCAGUUUUGCUUCCAGUUUCUGCUUGAGGUUUUGGGGGAAGGAUUCCGGUCGAACCCGAACGAUUCAGACCAGAUUGGUGGUAGAUCCAGAUAGAGGGAGUGUCAGAGAAGGCAAGGGAGUCGAAGUUGGUACCAUAGGAGGUUCAGUUUUCCUACAACAGUCUCAAUCCGUUUUCAGCCAAAUUCAGAGAGGAAGAAUCGAGCUAUGGGCCAUGGUCUUCCCUCGAAACUGGACUGUGAUGGGCCGACGGGUUACAUGCAGGUCACGAACGGCUGACGAGCCCGGUAUGGGAGUGUAUGAGCUACGGCUGCCUCCAAGCAUGAGAAUGCCACCAAAGAAGACAACGCGUGUAGCAAAUGCAAAUGUAAAUGCACGAGCUGCUGGGCAAGGACAACCACAAGGUGGAGCAGAACCUGCAAUAACACGUGCAGAGGUGCAAGAGCUUCGGGAUAUGAUGAGAGAGAUUUUGCAGAGACAAGCAGCACCAGCAGUAGGCCAACCAAAUGCUGCACCACAUGGCCAUCACCUACCACCAGCUGCACCACAUGUUCAACAUCCACCACCACCUCCAGCAGGGGCACCAGCACCAGGAAUUGGUCUCACAUACUGGGAGACACUGAGACUCAUGACAGAUUUGGGUACAGAGAUUUUCAAUGGUGGGAAUAACCCAGUGGAGGCUGAUGAUUGGAGGAAGCUGUUAGAGAGGAAUUUUGAGUCAACCAGGUGUCCAGUUGAAUUCAAGAAAGGGCUUGCAGUUCAUUUCUUGCGUGGAGAGGCACACAUUUGGUGGGAGGGUGUGAUGCGGAGCAUGCCUGCUGGAUAUGAGAUACCUUGGGAGACUUUCAGAGAUGAGUUCAACAGGAAGUACUUUCCACAAGAAGCAAUGGAUACUAUGGAGUGUUCAUACUUGGAGCUUCGCCAGGGGUCCAUGACUGUUAGGGAUUAUGAGAGGGAGUUCAACCGCCUUAGUAGGUUUGCAGGGAGAGAGCCUGGAGAACAGAAGUUGAUUCGUAGAUUCAUGAGAGGGUUGAGGCCAGACAUCCGCAACCAUUGUUCAGUUCGAGACUAUGGUAGUAUGAUUGAGUUGGUUGAGAAGGCGGCCAUGAUGGAGACUGGGCUUGAGGAGGAAGUUAAACACCUCAAGAGCACUCAGGCAAAGGCGACAAAGGUUGUGGAGUCUCAGAAGCGUACUUGGGAUAACCGUGAUGCAAGACAAGGCCAGAACCGUUUUGCAGAGUGUGCUACUUGUGGUAAGAGACAUGGUGGAGUUUGUUGGGCCAAAACCAACAAUUGUUAUCAGUGUGGACAGCCAGGACAUACCCAACAGAACUGUCCAAGAGGAGUCAAUAACUGUAGAAGGUGUGGUCAGAGAGGUCAUUUUGCGCGAGAGUGCACAGCGCAGCUGCCUGUAGGACAACAAGGGAACCAGAACAGAGGGAUCCUGCCACCACCUCCCAAGAGACAGGCUGUUGGACCUCGAGUGUUUGCAGCAGCAGAUCAGAUUGGUGCAGAACCGAUUGUGGGGUCUGUCCUUGUUGGAGGAAUUACAGCCUACACAUUAUUCGACACAGGAGCGACACAUUGUUUUGUCAGUCCUGAGGUGGCUAGAUGCUGGGAUUCGAGAAUUGGGUUUGAAGAUAGGCAGAGAAGGAUCGACACUGCUGGCACAGAAGUAAUUGGGUCCUCAAGAACAUAUCGAGAUGUUCCAGUAGUGAUAGAAAAAGAGGGGCUGCUUGGAGAUUUCAUCGAGCUGGAGCUGAAACAUUAUGAAGUAAUUAUAGGCAUGGAUUGGUUGACGCAACAUAAGGCUAUAUUGGAUUGUACUAGGAGGCGUGUUGAUUUCACUCAAGCAGAAAGGAAUUUGGUGUUCCAGGGAGUUAGAGCUUUGGGCAGAAUUCCUGUUAUUUCGAUGGCUCAUGUAGAAGAAAUGAAGUGGAAAGGACCAGAAGUUUAUUUGGCAACCAUUUCUAUUGAGGGAGGACCUAUGGGGAUAGAUUUGGAAGAAAUUUCUGUAGCAGCAGAAUAUGCAGAUGUUUUUGAACCACUCACAGGACCACCACCAGAAAGAGGAGAUGCAUUUACUAUUGAGUUGGAGCCAGGGACUGCUUCAGUAUCCAGAGCACCUUAUCGUUUAGCCCCAUCAGAAAUGGCUGAGCUAAAGAAACAACUGGAGGAUCUUACAGAUAAAGGGUUUGUGAGGCCAAGUAGUUCACCAUGGGGAGCUCCUGUUUUGUUUGUGAAGAAGAAAGAUGGUAGUUUCAGACUCUGCAUAGAUUAUCGAGGGCUCAAUAAGGUUACUAUCAAGAAUAAGUAUCCUUUGCCUAGGAUUGAUGAGUUGCUAGAUCAGUUACAAGGAGCAUCGUGGUUCUCAAAGAUAGAUUUGGCAUCAGGGUAUCAUCAGAUUGCUAUAGCUGAAGGUGAUGUGAGGAAAACAACAUUCAGAACACGUUAUGGACAUUAUGAGUUUGUAGUGAUGCCAUUUGGAUUGACUAAUGCACCAGCAGCCUUUAUGAAGUUGAUGAAUAAUGUGUUUAGAGAAUAUCUAGACAAAUUCGUCAUAGUGUUCAUUGAUGAUAUCUUAAUCUACUCAAGGAGUAAGGAAGAGCAUGCUGAGCAUUUGAGGAUAGUGUUACAGACAUUGAGGGAUCAAAAACUUUUUGCAAAGUUAUCCAAAUGCAGUUUUUGGCAGAAGAAGAUUGGGUUUUUGGGUCACAUUGUUUCAGAAGCAGGAGUUGCAGUAGAUCCAGAGAAGAUAACAACUAUCACUCAAUGGCCUAGACCGAAGAAUGCUUCUGAAAUUCGUAGUUUUCUUGGCCUAGCUGGAUACUACAGAAAGUUUGUAAAAGGAUUUGCAAGUCUAGCGAAGCCUUUGACACAACUUACCUGUAAGGAGGCAAAGUUUGUUUGGUCAGAAGAGUGUGAAAAGAGUUUUGAGGAACUGAAGAAGCACUUGACUCAGGCACCUAUAUUGGUAUUACCUAAGGCUGGGGUAUUAUAUGUGGUCUAUACAGAUGCAUCAGGAACUGGUCUAGGAUGUGUACUUAUGCAAGAAGAAAAAGUCAUUGCCUAUGCAUCUAGACAAUUGCGUAAGCAUGAGGUUAAUUAUCCAACUCAUGACCUGGAGUUAGCAUCUGUGGUCUUUGCUUUAAAGGUUUGGAGAGCCUACUUAUAUGGAGAGAAAGUACAAGUGUUUACAGAUCAUAAGAGUUUAAAGUAUGUCUUCACUCAGUCAGAUCUCAACUUGAGGCAGCGAAGAUGGAUGGAGCUGUUAGCAGAUUAUGAUAUGGAUAUUGCUUAUUAUCCAAGAAAAGCUAAUCAGGUAGCAGAUGCACUAAGUAGGAGAAGGAAUGAUGUGUCCAGAAUAAAAGAAGUAGAAGAGCUCGUUUCAACAUUGGCAAGUUUGAGUAUUUGUUCUGCAUCUGUAGAGGAAGGAGUUAUGGGAUUAGAAGCAGUAAACCAAGCAUAUUUACUUUGGAGAAUUCGUGAAGCUCAGAAUGGAGACACUGGUUUACAGAACACAGUGAAGAGUGAAGUAGCAGGCUAUCACACUACGAAAAAUGGGACACUUGUUUUCAGAGGUAGAGUGUGUGUUCCAGAUGAUAAAGGUCUGAAGGGAGAGAUUUUGAAGCAAGCACAUCAGUCACGUUUUUCCAUUCACCCUGGUUCUACAAAAAUGUAUCGGGAUCUGAAAAGGUAUUAUCACUGGAAUGGAAUGAAACGAGAUGUUGGAGAAUGGGUAGCAAAGUGCACGACAUGCCAGCUAGUGAAAGCAGAACAUAGAGUUCCAAGUGGGUUACUACAAAGUUUGCCACUGCCAGAAUGGAAAUGGGAUAUGGUAACAAUGGAUUUUGUCACUGGACUUCCAAGAACUCUGAGUAAGAAAGAUGCGAUUUGGGUGAUUGUGGAUAGACUUACUAAGUCAGCUCAUUUUCUAGCAGUUAAAAAGACAGAUGGUGCAGAUCGCCUAGCUCAGAUGUACAUGGAUGAGAUUGUAAGGUUACAUGGAGUUCCUGCAAGCAUUAUUUCAGAUAGAGAUUCAAAGUUCACUUCAUUGUUCUGGAAGGCUUUCCAGAAGGCUAUGGGAACUAAGGUUAAUUUGAGCACAGCAUAUCAUCCUCAGACAGAUGGACAAUCUGAGCGUACUAUACAGACACUGGAGGAUAUGUUGAGGGCGUGCAUGUUGGAUUGGGGAGGACGUUGGGAGAGACAUUUACCUUUAGCAGAGUUUGCUUACAAUAACAGCUAUCAUGCAAGCCUAGGUAUGUCACCGUUCGAGGCUCUUUAUGGACGACCUUGUCGCACACCUCUUUGUUGGACAGAAGUGGGGGAGCGCCAGGACACAGAACCUGCAAUAAUUCAAGAGACAACUGAACAAGUAGAGAUCCUCAAGGGAAAAUUAAGAGAAGCUCAUGAUCGUCAAAAAAGUUAUGCAGAUAAAAGGAGAAAGGAUUUAGAGUUUGCAGUUGGAGACUUGGUGUAUCUGAAAAUGAGAAUGUUCAAGGGCUGA